GAAGUGACCGGCAGCGCGGGUGGAUGGGAUUUAUUUUCCGCGGGAGAUUAGCAGGCAAACUGUCUGUCUGUUGUCAACAAGGACUUUAACGUUCACUAAGGUCAAAACACAAUGAGUCUGUGGGUGGACAAAUACCGACCGACGUCCCUCUCGAAGCUCGACUAUCACAAAGAGCAAGCGACUCAGCUGAAAAACCUGGUUCAAUGUGGCGACUUCCCACACCUGUUGGUCUACGGCCCGUCGGGUGCGGGGAAGAAGACCCGCAUCAUGUGUCUGCUGAGGGAGCUGUACGGAGCUGGGGUGGAGAAGCUUCGCAUAGAGCAUCAGACUAUUGUGGCUCCCUCAAAGAAGAGGAUUGAGAUCAACACAAUAGCCAGCAACUAUCACUUGGAGGUCAACCCAAGUGACGCGGGAACCCAGGACCGUGUGGUGAUUCAGGAGCUGAUUAAAACUAUGGCUCAGUCCCAGCAGAUCCAGACAAGCACCCAGAGAGAGUUCAAAGUGGUGCUGCUCACAGAGGUGGACAGACUCACGAAAGACGCCCAGCACGCCUUGCGUCGAACGAUGGAGAAGUACAUGUCCACCUGUCGUCUCAUUCUCUACUCCACCUCCACCUCUAAAGUCAUUGGGCCGAUUCGGAGCCGUUGCCUGGCUGUGAGAGUUCCUCUGCCGAGCACAGAAGAGGUGUGCAGCGUCCUGACCUCCGUCUGUAAGAAGGAGGGUCUGCUCCUCCCACCUGAGCUGGCCAAACAGAUCAGCGAGAAGUCUGGCCGCAACCUCCGCAAAGCCAUUUUGAUGUGCGAGGCCUGCAGAGUGCAGCAGUAUCCGUUCUCGGUGGACCAGAACGUCCCCGAGACGGACUGGGAGGUCUACCUCAGAGAAACGGCCAAUGCCAUCGUCAGCCAGCAGAGUCCUCACAGGUUGUUCGAGGUUCGAGCUCGGGUGUAUGAGCUGAUGACUCACUGCAUCCCCCCUGACAUCAUCAUGAAGGGUCUGGUUAAAGAACUGCUGAGUAACUGCGACGGCCAGCUGAAGACGGAGGUGGCCCACAUGGCGGCUUUCUACGAACACCGACUACAGCAGGGCAACAAAGCCAUCUACCACAUCGAGGCUUUCAUCGCCAAGUUCAUGGCCAUCUACAAGAAGUUCAUGGAGGACGGCCUGGAUGCCAUGAUGUUUUGACUUUGAAUGGACUUGAAUAUUGACGCUUUGGCGGUGUGACAUACCAAUGGGGCACUUCUGAUAGUGGAGGUUUGGAGAUGUUUCACGAAAUCCUGCUUAAUAACAUGAAAAUAAAUCACUUUGUUUAUAACAUG